AUGUACUCCCAGAAUGGGUACCAAAAUCAGCACAGCCUGAUGAGUGGGGCUCAGAAUCACCAGCAGCGAUAUGGCAACAUGCAUAUGUCCAAGUACCAACAGCCUCAUCAUGGUCAUCACAAUGUGAAUCAACAUCAUCAACAGCAACAUCAUCAUGGCGGCCAACUAGGUCACCAGCACAAUAUCUCUUCAGGUGGCUUCCAAUCUUCGACUCCGCAUCUUCCCAACUAUGGCCACGAACAUAUGCAGAAUGGGAAUGGGAAUGGAUUACCUCCUGAUGAGCCCGAGGAAGUUGACAACGAACAUUGGCGGGAGCAGAAACAGUAUUGGGAGGAAAGCAAGGAUUUACAAGGCCCGAACCAGCGUGCGCGCACUGUUGCCCACCAUUCGAAGGGUGUCAAUUAUGUUCCACUGGGUCCCGCCGCGGAAGAGAUAUCGUCCGACAAUCGUGGAGUGCAGCCAUCAAAUGGAACUGUCGUGAGUAAGCAGACAUGGGAUGAGCUUGAUUUGGGUGGUCAAGGACUUUGCGCGCUUUCACCCGUUCUAUUCAACCCAUCGUACCACUUUUUGAAGCGCCUCGAUCUGGUCUACAACCAGCUGGAAACUUUACCUCCCGAGAUUGGCCGCUUGAAAAGCCUAGAGCAUUUAGAUGUAUCCUUCAAUCAACUCACCGAGCUUCCGGAGGAGAUUGGCAUGCUGUCAAACCUCAAACAACUCCUCCUUUUCAAUAACCACAUUCAAAGCCUUUGUUACGAAGUCGGAUUUCUCUACAAGUUGGAGGUUCUAGGUAUCUAUGGCAACCCGUUGGAACAAGGACAACGCGACAAAAUCACGGAAGGUGGCACAAGAAAAUUGGUUGAGUACCUCCGUGAAUCCAUGCCUGAACCUCCUCCUCCGCGUGAGCGUGAAUGGCAUCAAUUGGAAGAGACUGCUGAGGAUGAUCUCAAACAAGAUACCAUCAAAGCUCUCACAUACAACAUUUUGUGCGAUCGAUACGCUACUCCCACUUACUACGGUUGGGUACCCGAGCGAGUACUGGGUUGGGCAUAUCGAAAGACAUUGUUGAUCGACGAGAUGAGGGAAAUGAGUGCCGACAUUAUUUGUUUACAAGAGCUUGAUCGGACGAGCUACGACGAAUUCUUCCGGCCUGAACUGGCUGUCAGUGGAUACAAAGGAUACUAUGGUCAGAAAGGACGUGCCGAAACCCUUGGAGACCACGCCAAAUUCGUUGAUGGCUGUGGAACAUUUUGGUUAGACAAAAAGUAUAUUCUCUUGGAUUCACAGCAUAUUGUCCUAGGGCGGAAGGCGGUUGAACGUCCUGGCGCAAAAGCUUCAGCUGACAUGCUCAAUCGAGUUUGGCAGAGAGACGACAUUGCCACAGUUGUUCUGUUGGAAAAUCGGGUCACAGGUUCACGUCUUAUUGUGGCAAACACUCAUCUCUACUGGGAUCCAGCUUUCAAAGAUGUCAAACUUAUCCAAGCCGCCGUUUUACUGGAAGAACUGACAAAAUUGUCUGACAAAUAUUCCAAAUUCCCCCCAGCAACGAACAAGCAGGUGUUCCGAUUCUCCGAUUCCAAGGAUGAGCCCGCCCCUGAACCAGGCCCAUCUCUGACAUAUUCCCAAGGAAAUCAGAUACCGCUCAUCAUUGCUGGUGAUUUCAAUGCAGCAGCCGGAACAGCUGUGUAUGACUUGUUGACGAAGAAAGGAAUGAGCGCCGAACAUGAUGAUCUUAUAGGUCGGGAUUACGGAGCAUUCUCCCGGGCAGGUAUGCAGCACCAGUUCACCCUAAAGUCAUCCUAUGCACCUAUCGAAGACGAGAUGCCAUUCACGAACUAUGUUCCACAUUACGUCGACGUUCUGGAUUAUAUCUGGUUUUCGAGCAAUACUCUCCGAGUGGUCGGUCUUCUUGGCCAGAUUGACCCAGAGUAUCUUAAGCGGGUACCUGGGUUACCGAACUUCCACUUCCCAAGUGACCAUAUCUCCAUUGCUGCCGAAUUCAAAGUUGAGAAACAGCGGAAUGUACAAAAGGCGGUUGAAGCCGACUUUGGACCGUCAAGCAAGAAGUAG